UCAAAUCCGUUUCAAUAGAAAGAACCAAAAAAAAAACAAAAAAAAAAAUAAUAAUAAGUUCCCCCACCCCCAAGUCGGUGAUUUUUUUUUUUAUGUUUUUUCCUCUUUCUACAGAACAACAAAAAGCUUCUUCAACUUUAAUCUUCAUUAGAUUUAGAUGCACAACGACGACUCUCCAUCAUAUAUAUACAUUUGGUGAUUUAUUGAAAGAUCUGAUUCUUUUCUUCUGAGUUUGUUUGGUUAGAGGAAGAAGAUUUAGUGUUCUUUUUAAUAAAAAAAGAUGGGUUUGGAUUAUUACAACAUAUUGAAAGUGAAUAGGAACGCAACAGAGGAUGAUCUAAAGAAAUCCUACAGAAGAUUGGCUAUGAAAUGGCAUCCUGACAAAAACCCUAACACCAAAACCGAAGCUGAAGCCAAGUUCAAACAGAUCUCUGAGGCUUAUGAGGCAAGUCUUUAUUUCCUUCAUCUCUUUAGAUCCAUUUCUUUGGCUAAUAUAUAUAUGGAUAAGAGUAGAGUUGUCUUGGUUGUUCUAAGUGAUCCGCAGAAACGAGCGGUAUAUGAUCAAUAUGGAGAAGAAGGGUUAAGCGAUAUGCCGCCUCCCGGGAGCACGGGAAACAAUGCAAGAGCAGGAGGUUUUAACCCGAGGAAUGCAGAAGAUAUAUUUGCAGAGUUCUUUGGAAGUAGUCCAUUUGGUUUUGGAUCAGCCGGUGGUCCUGGAAGGUCGACGAGGUUUCAAUCAGAUGGAGGUGGAGGAAUGUUUGGUGGAUUUGGUGGAGGAAACAACGGUAGCGAAAAUAAUAUAUUCAGAACUUACAGUGAAGGCACUCCUGCGCCUAAGAAACCUCCACCCGUUGAGAGCAAAUUGCUUUGUAGUCUUGAAGAGUUGUAUUCUGGAUCAACUAGGAAAAUGAAGAUUUCUAGAUCCAUCGUUGACGCUAACGGGAGACAGGCGCAAGAGACAGAGAUACUGACGAUUGUUGUGAAACCGGGAUGGAAGAAAGGGACAAAGAUCAAGUUUCCUGACAAAGGAAACGAGCAAGUGAAUCAAUUACCAGCUGAUUUGGUGUUUGUUAUCGACGAGAAACCGCACGAUUUGUUCAAGAGAGACGGGAAUGAUCUCAUGACAAGCCGGAGAGUGACGCUCGCAGAAGCUAUAGGAGGAACAAAUGUGAAUAUCAACACGCUCGAUGGGAGGAAUCUACCCGUUAGUGUCCCGGAAAUCGUCAGUCCAGGGUAUGAGCUUGUUGUUCCUGGAGAAGGGAUGCCAAUAGCUAAAGAACCAAGAAACAAAGGCGAUCUCAAGAUCAAAUUCGAUGUUCAGUUUCCCGCAAGAUUGACAACAGAGCAGAAAUCUGCACUCAAGGGUGUCUUAGCUGGUUGAAUAAGAAACUGAGAUGUGUCAUAAAAUAAUCUGUACAAAAUCUUUGGUUGUGUUGAAUUCAAACUUUUAUACUCCAUUAUUCAAAAGGUUUACAACUCUAUUAAA